AUGGCAUCAACACCGACUUUUCAGCUGGUCCCGGCCGCUGAGGAACUGCUCACGAACGCAAAAAAACUCGCGGCUUUGACGAAACCCGGCGAUGAGGACAACGAGCUAGAGCUCCGGCGCAGUAUCGCCCACACAGCCAAGAGCAUCGCGUUUGAGACAGCCCCAGGAAUUGAUGUAAUAAAGUCCGACUGGAUGGUGAUGGCUGAUAUCGCAGCAUGGAACAUUUUCAUCGACUGGAAAGCCUUUGACCACAUCCCGCUCGACGGGCACAUCUCCAUCCACGACCUUGCCCUCGCCCUGAACGCCCAAGAAUCCCUCAUCGCCCGAAUCUCCGCCCAGCUCCUCGCCACGCACAAGCUCCUCCCCGGCCCCACCCCCAACACCCUCCGCCACAGCCGCAUCUCCCCCCUCUACCGCAGCACCCACCCCGUCUCCUCUCUCUGCACCGUCGCCGUCGGCAACGCCAUGAAGCCCUUCGCCCACUGGCCCGCCUACUUCAACACCAUCACCCACAACACCCACCCCCACCCCCCAACCCGCACCACACCCCCCACCCAAACCAACACCCCCUUCGCCUUCGCCUGGGGCCACCCCGCCCUGUCCCCCUGGGAACUGAAGAAGGAAGCGGAAACGGAGGCGGCUAAAGCUGAGAAGCGGGGUGUGCCUGUUGGGAACGGAUGUUGGGGGAGGAAGUUGACGAUUUCAGGGGCAUUGGUGUACCUGCUUCGGAGGGUCCUGCUCGACUACUCGGAUACGCUCGCCACGGGCAUCUUGCGUCGUCUUGCAGAUGCCCUGCCGGCCGACAACUCGAAAGCUAGAGUCAUCAUUUUGGAGGAGAGGCUGCUGGAGGUUCCAACUCCGCAAAACUGCCUGGUGGACCUCGUCAUGCUCAACCUUGGCGGGAAGCUUCGGAACGAGGCCAUGUUCAGGGAGAUCGCGGUCUCGGCAGGGCUGAAGGUUGUGGGGUUUUACACCCGGGAAGACGACCCCAACUGCGUUGUUGAGUGUAUGAAAGCUUAG